AAGGACAUUUCACAACGGGCGGAGUGACGCGGGCGGGCGGACGGGCUAUAAGAGAUGCCGCGCUUGGACCAGCCCCGUUCCAGCCUGAGUGGAUCGCGCUGCCUCGCCACUAUGAGCAAGAGCUCCCAGACCCAGGAGCCUCUCUCCGAGCUGGAGAAGUCCAUGGAUGUCAUCAUUGACGUCUUCCACCAGUACUCGAGGCGGGAGGGGGACAGAGACACCCUGACCAAGAAGGAGCUGAAGCUCCUGAUUGAGAAGCAGCUUGCGAACUACCUGAAGCAUGUGAAGAGCAAGGCCACCAUUGACGAAAUCAUGAAGGACCUUGAUAUCAACAGGGAUGCGCAGAUCAGCUUCUGCGAGGUGAUGCUGCUGAUCACCCGCGUGACCAUCGCCACCCACGAGCACCUCCACGACGUCGAGGGCCAGCAGCAGCAACAGCAGCAGCAGCUCAAACAGCAGCACCACCACUGAGCCGGCUGCGGUCCCGCCGGAGCCCCCAGGCAGCAUCUGCAGCCCCCGCCUCUCCCCUCUCCGUUCCUCCCCGCCCGCCUCCCUCCUUCCUUCAGCUCUGAUGGUUUUGCUGCCAAAUAAAGUUUCCCCUGAGGCUGUCAAAGCUC